AUGUCCAUCGCUUUGAAAACGUCCACGGCUAUCAUCAUCUCUGAGGAAGAAAUCGAUGCUUUGUUUGCUUUUCUUUCCCCCUCACAACCUAAAGAUGUCCGCACUCAAGGAACAGUGACGUUCGCCACUUAUGUGUCUCACACCCGACAGGGCAAAUCCCCCGAAGCUGGCACAGCAGAGAUCGAGCGCACUCUCACAGUACCGCUUGAAGCACGAAUCAGCUCUACGGACGUUUCGAAAGCGUUGGAGGGCCUUGCGUUGUUGACAACGCUUUUUACCGUCGAUCCUCUCUCAGGUACCGCCCUGCUGGCCAAUGAGGGACUCCAGAGUCAUCUGACUGACCUUCCCGACAUAUUCCCCGGCAAUAAUGAAAUCGAGGGCUCUCUUGCGGGAUUGCUCUCCCAGGCAUCAGACGUGAAAGCUUGCCGAGCAUUGGUCAGCAAAGACUGGGGUGCCUUUCUCAGGCGCGCUGCGAAUAGGGGAGGAGAAGGGACGAAGACAAGGGCCAUGCUGGCCCUGCUGAAGCUGUCGCACGGAGGAGAGGGAGGUGGUGAUGUUAACGAGAAAGGUGUCGAUGUACAACAAGAGGAAGAAAUUGUCCUGGCUAGGAGCCUCGCCCAGGAGCUAGUCUGCGAGGUCGAGAAAACGGAUGAACCACUCGAUACUGUUGAAGCUCUCGCCCACCUUUCCAUGACCCCAGCAGUUCGGGAGGACCUCUCCAGAAACAGCCCAUUUCUUCGCUCUCUCUUUGUACUUGCACAAUGGAAGAAGCGCGCAACACUUCCGCUGCUCUAUGGUGUCUCUGUCAUCAUUUGCAACAUAGUAACCUAUCGACCCAAGCUUGCUGGCGAUGAGGCCCAACUAGACCGACUAAGACGGAUGGCCAAAGGAGGCAUGGUCCAUGGCAGCCACAAACUCAGGGAUGAGCCCAUACCCAAGCUGGAGAUGGAUGAAGCCGUCCAAGAACGGUGCCGACGACUGCUGAAGGCGGGUGUUGUACCUGUACUCGUGGCACUUACGAGAAGCGGAGGUGACAGCGCAGGAGUGCGUGCCAGUGUCGGAGGAUCAUUCCUCAGCUUGGCCGAGGACAAGGAAAACCGUGGAUUGAUCAUUCAAGCUGGGGGCGCAAAAGCGCUGCAAACUAUUAUUCAAACCAUGCUUGCUGAAGUCUCCAAGGCACCAUCCUCCUCUCUGGAUCCACCGCACACUGAUGCAGUCCUUCUCUCACCGAUACAAGCGCUUGCGAAACUUGCUAUUACCUCCUCUCCUCUUCUGCUCUUUGGUCCUACUCCGGCUUCCUCCAUCGACGCGAUUCGGCCUUUUUGCACCAUGUUGUCAAAUUCUCAGUCUUCUCUCCUACAACAGUUUGAGGCUCUCAUGGCUCUCACCAAUCUCGCCUCCCUGGGACCCGAAAUCAGCAAUCGCAUAUCAGGACAACCGGGUUCACUGAGCCUCCUUGAUCAACUCAUGCUCCACGACAAUACUCUUUUGCGCCGCGCAUCCGUUGAGCUCGUCUGUAACCUAGUAUCUUACCAAGCGAUCUUCCAGAGAUACACGACCGAUCCGGGUUCCAAGGGCCGACUUCACGUGCUUUUGGCGCUGUCCGAUGUUGACGACAAGCCCACACGUCUCGCCGCAAGUGGUGCGCUCGCCAUGCUUACCGACUCUCCCGAAGCGUGCAACGCCCUGCUGUCGUUGCCUAAAGGGGCACAGAAUACUUUCACUAUCGUCGCGCAGCUCAUCGAUCCGGGCCUCGUGCCGAAGAUCGUAGAACUCGAUUCAUCUGAGCCUCUCUCCGAAUCGGAUAUGUCUGACAAUAGGUCAAAUGAGGCCCCCGAUCCAGGGCUGCAGCAUCGUGGUACACUCUUGCUCAGAAAUUUGCUGCUCAAUACGAAACCACAAGCUGACGCUAGGGUUGCAGAAAAGGCUGGCGCGGUGCUGGCCCUCGUCACGAUGCUCAAGACAUUCCAGCGCAAGGAAGGGUGCGAAGGAAUGGUUACGGCUGCGGUAGAGUCCUUGACGUGGUUUGUGCGGAACGGGGUCAGAAUACAAGAGUGAUAUCGUCUUCUUUGUUUGCUUGGCGGUUAUUGGGAUCAUGGUCAGUAUGAGAAGGGUGCGGCC